GUGAUUCAAAAGCGUGUUAAAAUCCACGGUGGACCAAAGGCUGUCUCACGGCAGCUUAACGAUUUUUUAAGCUCUCUCAAAACUCCUACCCGCAUAAUGCCAUACAGUACCGUCCGAUCUGUAUCCCUCGUGAUAGAUUACAAGGAAAAAGACGAGUCGUGGUCGACAGUAUUUUCGGACCCCUUGCCAUUGGCCACCUGUCUACCGCUACAAAUCUUUGAUGCCAUCCGGGCCAUGUGCAAUCUCCGGUCAUUAACUUUGAUCAUAGACAAGUUGAAUGAACGCCAAGAAAGCCUUUUUUAUGGGCUGUUACAAAACAUCAAGAUCCAAGCUGAAUAUCUACAAAUCUCUGCCUCAGAUCGUAUCACUAGGCGAGUUCUUGAGAACAGUCCUCAGCUUCAAGCACUUCAUCUCCCAGAAACGAUCGACAUAACCAAGUUUGAGCCUGUAGUCGGGAGACUCAGACGAUUAUGCGCAGUUGUCGGCCCUGUGAAAUCCAGUGGCCGUAUCCAAUUUCCGACAAUCAACGAAGUAAAUCUGAUCAGGAUUGCGUCACGGUAUCAAAACCUUGAGGAGCUUGUCCUUCAUACGGUUUAUGAGAAUUACGGAGAUGAGGAUUCUGCCGUGAUGUUCGCCUUCGAAAAGAAUUUCGCCAAGGCCAUCAACGUCUUCAGAAGUAUGCCAGGGCUGAAGCGCCUUGCCAUCAACAUUGACGAGGACACGGCUCGGACAUUUGGUAAUACCUCUGUGCAGGAGGAUCGAUUCUACAUAGACCGUCUUCUCCGGCUGGCAACUUGCCUCCCCCGCCUUGUUCAAAUUGGCAUCACCAACGACAUGGAUCGAUACUGGACGGUUACCAAGACAUCGUACGGUGAGCUGACGAUCGGCCGAGGGGCUUUCAGUUUCCAAGAUGUAGGUUUUCCAGAAUCAGUCAACGAGCGCUUCUACUGA